ACAGUGUGCAUGCGUUGUUCGUUGUGUGUGCCACUAAAAAUUCGUGUGACUUCAUUUUUGGAUUUUUCUUCAUUUUCCUUCUCCAGGAUAAUACUAGGAUAUUCAAUAUAUCCGUUGUUUGUUUUUUCCUUUUCAAUUGGAAUUUUUAUUUCCUUUUUUUGGUCAUUCUAUCCGCGGUUAGUUUCCCAUUUUACGUUAAUCACACACACGGAGAUUGAGCACGGGUUGUGAGGAAAGUAAUAAACCAUCAAUCGAUCAAACAAAGAAGUAAAAACAAAAUGAAUUUGGAUAUAUCACGAACCACACUGGGCAUAGCGGCUGGCAUUGCUGGUACAAUAUUCCUCAGCUAUUGCAUUUACUUUGAUAAAAAGCGUCGUAGUGAUCCAGAAUAUAAGAAAAAAAUUCGCGAACGAAGACGUCGCACUCGUCAGCGCAAAAUCGGAAAUUCAGGGUCACGGACCGAAUUGCCGAAUUUGAAUGAUCAUGAAGCUGUUCAAAGAUUCUUUCUGCAAGAAAUUCAGGCCGGUGAAGCGCUUAUUUCGAGCGGCGACAUUGAACAAGGUGUAACUCAUUUAGCAAAUGCAGUUGUUGUUUGCGGUCAACCCACGCAACUUUUGCAAGUACUUCAACAAACGUUGCCAUCACAAGUGUUCACCCUGUUAAUUCAACGAAUGAGAGAAUACGGCAAUAAGGCAGCCGCAGCAGAAGAGAGUGCUCCUCGAAAUAUAAUCACCGAAGAUAUCGAUGACGACCUAGAAUAGUGUUGCUGUAUUUUGCCAUUAAUUCAAAAUAUCGACACACCGUAGUUAACUACUCCUAUAUAAUCGAUGAGAGCCCAGAUUUAAAAUCAAAUCAAAUCAAAGUUGACAUAGAUUACUGAAAAAGGGAGUUUUUGGUUUGUAAACAUUUUCCAGCCGACGAUAAAACAUCAAAAUAAAUAAAUAAAAACACAAAACAACUAUA